CUGAGCAUGCGCACUCGUUGUAAUGACGUGCAUCAAUAUCUCGAGACAUUUUUAUUUCAUUACUCCUGGUAGUUGGUGAUGUUGUCAUUACUUGUGACUCUGUAGGUCUAAAAUGUUGUAGAAGUUUUAGCGGGGAACGACAUCGCCAAAAAUCAACGUUAUAGUUAAUUCUAAAACUUAUGUUCACAGGGAUAUCAAGAAAAUGGCAGAUUCUUUGAUUUUGAACGUUGGUGGGAAGAUAUACCAAACAAAUAAAUCAACCCUCGAACGAUACCCGGACAGUAUUUUCACAAGCUUGCUGAAAGGUGGUGCGUCUGCGAUAAAUCAACAAGGACACUACGUUCUAGAUCGGGACGGAGAGGUCUUUCGCCAUGUACUCAAUUUCAUGAGAUGCAGGGAACUGGUUCUUCCUGCUGGAUUUUGUGAAUAUGAUUUGCUUCUGUGCGAAGCUAAGUUCUUCAAACUUGUUGCUCUUCAGAGAGCCAUUGAAGAAGAGACACGCGGAGAGAUCGGUCUGAGGGUUGGUGGCCGGACCUUUCGGAUGACUAUUGAACAGGCAACGAGGGAAAAGGACUCCUUCUUCGAUAAGAUGCUGGACGGAAGGAAGAGCGUUCCUCGCGAUCCGCUUGGCAACUACCUGGUCGACAGAGAUGCGAGGAUGUUCCGAUUUGUCAUGCUUUAUCUUCGAGACGGUGGCCUCUUCUUUAACAUGUCAUCACCAGAAUUAGAUCAACUGAAAAAGGAGGGGGAGUACUUUGGGCUCGACGUGAUGGUACGCCAUGUUGAAAGUUUCCGUGUCAUGAUGUAUAUACCCAUCGGUUGCUUGCAACUCCACAUCUUCUACCAUGAAGACAGUGACCAAUAUGUCAUCUAUGCCAACAAAGCUAAGAUAGACGGAUGGUUCUCAUCCUGGAAUAUCUCCGAGGUAUGUUCCAAAUUUGCAGUCUUUAAACAUGAUCAAUCUGGCGCAUCGUUGUUUGUCGGUCUGCUUCGUGUCUCACAAUGCACAAAAGAGCAAAUCAUUACUAUCCUUUGCGAAAAGCUAGGUGCGAAACAAAUGCCAAUAAAGCCGGAGGUUCAGCUGAGUAACGGCUGGACCAGGUUGCAUUUUACAGCUUAAUGAUAUAAGAUCAGAUGUCUUGCGGUCCCUUGUAUAAAAAAAUGUAUAUUGUAAGUGGUGCCUCUGGGUUCAAGCAUGGACCUAUAAUGUCCAAGAGGUGGAGGAAGGGGCGGUCUUAUCCCGUUGCAUAAAAGUAGCUAUUGCAGUAACUCCAUCCGAUAGUAACUCACAUGGAGUCCCUGAUUUUGGAUGUUAAGCAUUGUCACCAUGGAUGGCAAAGUUACCAUGAUAAAACAUUUUAUGCAUUGGGGCUCACGUCGCUAAGCAGUCGAUUUCCUUCCGGGUGUGGGUGUUCACUCUUUCUAAUUCAGUAGGUGCUCAGCAGUUCAGGGCUUUCAGACUUAGUUCAAUGGGUGUUAAUCAGAGAUAGGUUAGUAUGGUGAUUGGCAGUUUUACUCUAUACUUCUGCUAGUACCUCCCAUCAGUUGUAACGACCCUUAGCACACUAUGUACAAUAGGAGCAAGGCCACAAGUGAGAGUGUGUAGGGGGGUAUAGGGGACAGGACGACAACCAAUUUGAUUAUUCGUCUGAGCGAAAAAUAGGGUAAAACAAUAGGGUGAAUCUCUCACCAUAGGGGAUGGAAAAUUUGACAAGCAAAAAAAAAAAGAAAAAAAAGAAAGGUUAUCACCCCAAAUGUAGGUCAGUUCGACCAAAAGACAUGUUUUAUUUCGAUUUUUAAUGUUGUAUUUCUCUCCAUCAUAACAGACCAAUAAUAGUAGGGGGACGUUUGAUAUUGUGUCCCCCCUACUAUUUUGGGUAGGGGGAACGCGUCUCCCCUGGGAUUUCCACCCAUGAUUAAACAGCUGUAAAAUGUAAAAGGAAGAAAUAAAGCAUUGGAAAAGCGUUUUUAGAAUACCUUCAUUUCUCUUCGGUGAAUCAAAAUGAAGUCAUAGUGUCGGUAAAUUUAUCAUUUUUUA